AUAAUCAGCCUACGCUUGUGGUGAUUCCCAGCGUACUCGGGUUUAUCUCGAAACGUCUCACAUCCACUGUACCUUUGAGCGUAUUUACAUCUUAGCACAGCACAUUCAGGCGUUAGGACAGAAACAGCACUAGUCCAGUCGGAAUCAUGUCUGUAGCGGGACUGAAGAAACAAUUCCACAAAGCCACUCAGAGAGUUAGUGAGAAGGUCGGAGGGGCAGAGGGAACUAAAUUAGAUGAAGACUUCAUGGAAAUGGAAAAGAAAGUUGACGUCACCACAAGGGCAGUGUUGGACAUUAUGACCAAGACAACGGAGUACCUACAGCCCAAUCCAGCAACUCGUGCCAAAAUGAGUAUGAUGAGCUCCAUGUCUAAAAUCCGUGGUGGAGAUAAAGGUCCUGGCUACACACAGACUGAAGUCAUCCUGGCAGAGUCCAUGCAAAAGUUUGGCAGGGAACUCGGGGAGGAAUCCAGCUUUGGUCUGGCUCUGAUCGAUGUUGGAGAAGCCAUGCGAGAGCUAGGUGAAGUUAAAGAUGCUCUAGACAUGGAGGUCAAGCAAAACUUUAUUGAUCCCUUGCAGAAUAUGCAUGAUAAAGACUUAAAAGAAAUCCAGCAUCACCUGAAGAAGUUGGAAGGGCGACGGUUGGACUUUGACUAUAAGAAGAAAAGGCAAGGAAAAGUCACAGAAGAUGAGAUCAAACAGGCCUUGGAGAAGUUUGAUGACUCAAAGGAGGUUGCCGAACAAAGCAUGUUUAACCUUCUGGAGAGUGAUAUUGAACAAGUGAGUCAGCUUUCUGCUCUGGUCCAAGCUCAGGUGAACUACCACAGACAGGCCACAGAGAUCCUUCAGCAGCUGUCCAGCAAGUUAGAGGACAGAAUAAGAGAGACUUCUAAUAAGCCAAGAAGAGAGUAUGUCCCCAAACCUCGCACUUCCAUUGAUUUCAGUGAGAACCACAAUGGGAACAGUGGGCACAGUGGCCCUUCCAGGUCACCAGCUCCAAUGGACCAGCCUUGCUGUCGGGCACUUUAUGAUUUCGACCCUGAAAAUGAGGGUGAGCUAGGUUUCAAGGAAGGUGAUAUCAUUACCUUAAGCAGCAAGAUUGAUGACAACUGGUAUGAGGGAGUGAUCAAUGGGCAAUCUGGCUUCUUCCCUGUCAACUAUGUAGAUAUCCUGGUAGCUUUACCCCAAUAAGUCUUAUGCAUGUACCCUCAUCAUGACCCAACCAAUCAAACCACUUCUUCUGCAAGAAGAUAAAAUAACCAAAACAAACAGCACAAACAGCUCUGUGGUAUCUGCGCAUAGGAAAUAAGCAAUGAAAUAAUUUGAGUGCUCUUUCAUAAAUAUUAUUCCUGACUUGGAAUGCCACCACUUUGUUGUAUUAAUUUCUUUAAUUUUCUUGAGGUUGAUCUGACCUCUGCAUUGCCUGCUGCUAUUCCUCCUGUAUGUUCAGACAUUGUUCAUUUUUGCCUGUUUCCAUUUGCAACAGCAAGCCUUGAAUUGGUCUUUUUAUCCAAACCCUUUUUAAAAAACAUCUCCAAUAAAAUAAGAAAAUGUAUUUUGGUUUUACAUUCUUAGCAUAAUGUAUUUAUGAAAAGUUAUUUGAAGAAUAAUGAUCAAGGUGAUGUGAAGUAUUAAACAUUUGAAGGAUUUUUUUUCUUUGAAAUUGCAAUAGUUGCAAAACAAAAUACAUAUUUCCUGUUCAUAUUGUGAAAUGUUCCAAUGUUUCUUUAAUGUCCUAAAAUAAAUUUAAGCCUUUAUGUGGUGGUAGAUUUGACUAUUUAAAUAGCUUAAUAUUUAGCAACAAAGAAAAAAAAUGAGACAAGGAAAGUUAAGCAAAUAAUUUAUUUGUUGUGUUACAGUGUGUCAUUUAUCUGUCAUGUAACAUUCUAUACGGUCCAUGAAUCCAGUGGGCAUUUCCAAGCUUUUAUAUCACAUUCCAUAGAUGGUAAACUGGUCACUAAAAGGCAACGGCAAAAAAUUUUUGUGUGUUACUAUUUGCCUGAGUAUGUUAUUUGAACCCAUGAAACUGUGCAUAUCAAACAUUUUUCAGAUAUUUUUCUUUUCCUUUUGUAAAAAUGAAGUGUGUAGUUUUUGUGCUAGUAAUCACAACAAACAAAACUUUAAAGAAAAGACUUGAAAAACAGGUUUUCCAAACACAGACAGUCCUGGCCUGAAUUUCAAAGUCCCAAAGAGCAACAGGAUCUGAUUAACACAUGCCUGUUGCACCUCGUCAUGUUAAACUGGAAAUAUUUUAACAUCACAAAAAUUACACGCAUCACCUGAUGUCUGAUUUAAGGCAAGGAUUAAUUUCUGACUGUAAAUGAUGUAUAAUUUGGCCUAAUAUUUCCACAGACAGAAUAAGAUAAUGUGUUCUUAAAAAAUUAAAGUGUGUUUAGUUGAUGUAUUUAUUAUUGUCGAAUCUAAGAUCCCCUUUAUAUUUUAAAAAUAAAAUGAGUGUAUCUUGUAUUGGCAGGACUUUCCAAUAUUUUUUCAAUUGUUGUUUAUCCUCAGUGAGGUCUGUACAGUCAUUCUUUUGUGUGUUUUAUUUCCUAUUUGUGUAUAGUCACGUAACUAUAGUACCAUGUGUUACUUUUGGAUCAGUGUUAAAGCAUUUACCAUUAGAUAUAAAAUAGACACUGGAUAUUUAUUAAAUUGCUGCAUAUCAACUCCAGCAUGAAUUUUCAGUCACUCAUCUGAAUUGUUAGGCUUGUACUGAGAAUGAAAAAUAGUGCAACUACAAUAAAAAAAAAACAACAACAACAGUUGAAUGGUGCUA